CGCACAGCUGUGUGAGUGGCUUUGUGGUGACGGUCGCUUGUUUUCACACAAGGAAGUGGAGGACGUGUCGCGCCGUGGAGAUCAGGAACUACGAACCGUCGAGUUUUCCGUUCGAGCAACUUCUUCUGGAAUGGUGAUUUAUGGAUGCAUAACCACCAUGUCAGCAUGUAACGCAUCAAUCUCUUCAGCAUGAGCUCACAUAAGCCAAUUGUCAAAACUUCAGUCCAAAUAUGGCCCCUGUUCCUCCUGGGAUCCGCCUGAUGGUGUCCUUUGACAGGGACCAGUGGUACAGAGCCCUCACCUUUAUCCUCACCUUUCUGCUCUAUACCAGCUUCCACCUCUCCAGGAAACCCAUUAGCAUCAUCAAGAGUGAACUCCACAAGAACUGCUCAUCUGUCAGUGAGAUUUCCACUGCCUCCAGCAGCAGCCAGCAGGCCUCUCUGCCAUCUAAACACAACGACAUGGACUGUAGCUGGAAGCCUUUUGAUAAAAGCAACUACAAACAGCUGCUGGGAGCCAUGGACUACUCUUUCCUCUGUGCCUAUGCUGUUGGAAUGUACCUCAGUGGCAUCAUUGGAGAGCGUUUGCCCAUUCGACUUUACCUGACUGUGGGAAUGCUGGCCAGUGGCCUGUUCACCUGCCUGUUUGGACUGGGUUAUGUAUACAACAUCCACAGCCUGGGCUUCUAUAUUUGUAUCCAGGCAUGUUGCUGUUGUGCAGAGAACCUCCAGCUUCGUUGUGCAUGUGUGAAAGACAAACUACGGGUGGCUAACGGAUUGGUCCAAACCACUGGCUGGCCUAGUGUGGUGACCUGCAUUGGCAACUGGUUUGGAAAGGGAAGGCGUGGACUUAUCAUGGGCUUGUGGAACUCCCACACCUCAGUGGGCAACAUCCUGGGCUCUCUGAUUGCUGGCUAUUGGGUCUCCUCCAAUUGGGGCCUGUCGUUUAUUGUACCAGGGAUAAUUAUUGCAAUCAUGGGAGUUUUCUGCUUCUUCUUUCUCAUUGAGCACCCAAAUGACCUAAAAAGCGUGUAUGCUCAAAAUUCUCCCCCUGGCAAGAGUCAGCUUGGAGUAAAUGGACACCAUGAGGUGUAUCUGCAACACAAGAACACUAAAAACCAGAGCUACGACGUAGAGCUGUUGUUGCCCAGGGACAGCGUGUGUGUCCCUGUGCAACCAGUCGUAGUGGUUAAGAGCGAAUCAGAACCAUCUGCCAUCAGCUUCACAGGAGCCCUACAAAUACCGGGGGUGAUCGAUUUCUCUCUGUGUCUGCUUUUUGCCAAACUGGUCAGUUACACCUUCCUCUUCUGGCUGCCGCUCUACAUAACGAAAGCAGCUCACCUGGAUGCCAAGGAGGCUGGAGAUCUCUCCACCUUGUUCGAUGUGGGAGGAAUUGUGGGGGGAAUCUUGGCAGGAGUCAUCUCUGAUAAACUGGGGAAGAGAGCCACCACCUGUGCAGUAAUGUUGUUGCUGGCAGCUCCCACUCUCUACGGCUUCUCCAUGAUAAGUGAGUUUGGUCUGGGGCCAACCAUCGGCAUGCUGCUAGUGUGUGGAGGUCUAGUCAAUGGACCAUACGCCCUCAUCACAACUGCAGUAUCUGCUGAUUUGGGGACCCAUAAGAGCCUGAAAGGCAAUGCCAGAGCACUGUCGACUGUCACUGCCAUCAUUGAUGGCACAGGAUCUGUAGGUGCAGCACUGGGCCCCCUGCUGGCUGGCCUAUUGUCUUCAGGGGGGUGGGAUCAGGUCUUCUACAUGCUGAUGACAGCUGACUUCCUUGCUCUGUUGUUUUUGCUACGGCUUGUGAAAAAGGAGCUUGACUCAACUAAAUCCCGUCCCAUUUCCAUUGUACAGUUGAAGGAGCAUUGAGCAACAUGAAUGUGUGUUCAUACAUUCACAAAACUGUGUGAACCUACAGAGGUUUGCUGUAAACAAGAGGGUCCUUCUGUCCACGAGGAAGAGCUAAAGCCGAAGUUCUGCCAGAUGAACCAGACAGAAAUGUACACUUACAAUUUUAACUUGAGCAUAGCAGCUCUUCAGUCUAAAGAAAUGAUUGGCAGAUUCUUGACAUAAAAGUAGCCUUACUUUCAAAUGUCUAUUAAAACUACAGAGAAACUUAAAGUGACAAUUAUUUUUGUAGCAGUCAUUUAUACAAUAAAUGCUACUAUAGUUAUUGACAGCAGUUCCUAUUCUUUUACUAAUGAGUCCCCAAAGCCCUGACCUAAUUAUAACAUCUGUAACUAACCAGUCUUUUUCAUAUCAAAGCUUUUAUUUCCAAGGGACCAUAUAUCAGCUAAACACAGCCUAACAGUGGCAUCUAUCGCAGGGUCAGAUCAGCCACAUAUCAGAUUUUUGAAGAUCUCAAACAGGUCUGGUGGUGUUACAAUAUAAUAUAAGGCAAUCAAAAUAGAACUGCCAAGGGUUUUGCGAAUGAGCUUCAAUUGAGAUUCAGUUUGGUUUUCCACACCCCAAAAAAUGGUAACAGAAAAAUAGCCACAAAAUGGCAUGACUGCAGGUUGUUAUACUACUAAGAACAAAAAGCACCUUAAAAAACAAUGUAUCUCUUCAGUUGUUAUUUAACGCCUAUAGCCUCUUCCUUGCUGCUGUAUUUAAGUGGGACAGAUUCACUCUCACGAUUAGUUGGAUAAUGAAGACAAACUAAAAUGCCAUGUUGUGAUACACCUGCUUGAAUUUUUGCAGCUAAACUCCUGUAAUAAGAUGCUCCAGACCAAGAGCCAUCUACAAAGAUAGUUUCUGUUAUAUCAGUGAGGUGAGACAGUGACACCAAAUGAAACCGUGACUAAUUGGAAGACUGAAAAGUUAACCACCUUACAUCUAGGCUAACUAAGGAAUACAUCUUGUGAUUCCAGGGUAACCGUUAGUGACAUCUGUUGACUAGUAGGGCCAGUAAAUGAUGCUCAUAAUCACUGGUUUGUUUACAGUGUUUUGGAGCAAGUGGUGAGAUUGGAAGUGCAGUAACAUGUUGGAAAUAUACAACAAUAAGGUAAAAUGUCCUGAGCCUGUAAGAUGGGUCCUGCCACAGCAAGACUGAACUGCACUAAGAUUUGAUGCUACUUGAAGUUUUUCUGUUUUUGUAUUGUCCUUGUAACUUUUGAAUUCUUCUAGAAGGUAAAUGUUUUCUGCGGAGUGAACUUUGUAAGGUUGGUGUGUUGGUCACUUGUGUUGGUUUUAUAAAUGUCUGAAAAGUAACUGUUCUUUGGAUCUUAUUUAAGUAUCUUUUGUCACACUGUGACCUGAACCCCUGUGGACUUUUGCAGCCCAUUUGUUCCCAAUAUUAUUUGAAACAAAUUGUCAGAUAUGGUCUGUCAAAAUCAUGCCCAGCCAAGUCCAGCCAAAGUGAUAAUUAUACAAAUGUCAGUCCCUAUCACAAAACAAAUACAAUAGCCCUUAAAUGGUUAGUCCACCCAAAUUGUGAACAUUCAAUAUAUAGUUGUAUAUAUCCAUUCAGGCAGAUUUAGUUUGAUUUGUCCCGGUUUUGAGAUCUAUCUGAAAGCUUGGUCUCUCUGCUACUACAAGUGAGGUGAAUGAUAAAAUAAUUUCCAUUGCACAAGGAUGACAAAUAACCAACAGGACAGUUAAAUAGAAAACUUGUAAGUCCCCAACUUACACAAAUCCUCUCUGAACAAAUAUGGUUGUCAGGGUGGAGUACCUGAGUGAUGCUCUAUGAGGGCACAUAGUCUUGCGUAAGUCACCUUGUCUUACUUAACCAAAUCUUUUAAGGAAUCAAUUUGUAAUUUAUACUAGUAACUACUUUAAACUUAUUUCUUUCACUUUUGUGGAUUCAAUAUUUCCCCCCCAUUAUUUGUUCUGAACGUAAGGCACCAAAGUUGUAUUUUUGCAACUACAUUGUGGUUGUGAGGGGAUCUGAAAUACUUUUAAUGAAAGUUAUGAAAUCUUGUGGAUAUAUUUUUGCAGUGUAGAUGAGUAAGGUUCUUAUUUGAAAUACUUCCUCAUAGUUACUGAAUGUAAUUUCAGACUAUGAAAUAGGACAAUCAGUGAAAUUGGCACUGCUUAUCUAAUUAAAAAAGUGGUAGCACUGUGGGAAAAAAGAUAACAUUUUGAAAAUAGUAAUUGUCUCUUAGUUUUACCAUUUGUUAAUAUAACUACAUUCUGGUGAUUUUUUUGUUUGUUUUUGUAUUAUAAUAAAAUCCCAGAAAUACAAACUUGUCAAUGCUAUAUACAUGUAUAUCUUAAUAUCCGGGAUCAUUUUGUUUUGUGGCAGUAGUAUUGAGAUUAUUAUGUCUACCUGAAAAAAACACAUGCUGUGUAUAUUUAUUGUCUCUGCUUGACCUAGGAAAUGUGCCUUGUUUGUUGUUAAUCUUUUUGCUAGACAGUUGAUUUUGUAAACAAGAUGUUGUCAUUACUCUUAAUGAUCUUGGUUUGGGGUGCGUUGAUUUACAAAGCACAGAUUCUGGGAAACAAAAUAAAGCAUUUUUUUCACUUAA